UGUGUGUGGAGGAGACGAGGAGGGAGAGGGGGAGACAGCUCCCGGGACCACGGAGCCGCCCGGCUCAUCCAGGAGACGCAGCGAUUUAUGCUCCUCACCGUCAACACAAUGAUCUUCAUGUUCGCUGGGACGUCUAUGGGGAUGGCCAUAGCUUGCGUCGUGGACAUGAAUGCCCUGCUAGACCGGUUCCACAACUACAUCCUCCCGCACCUUCGGGGCGAAGACCGAGUCUGUCACUGCAACUGCGGCCGACACCACAUUCACUACGUGAUCCCUUACGAUGCUGACCAGUCGGUGGUGGACUCGUCGGAGAAUUACUUUGUGACGGACAAUGUGACAAAGCAGGAGAUAGACCUGAUGCUGGGGCUGCUGCUGGGGUUCUGCAUCAGCUGGUUCCUGGUGUGGAUGGAUGGCGUUCUUCACUGUGUGGUGCGGGCUUGGAGGACCAACAGACGAUACGUGGUGGAAUUCACGGCCACAAUCUGCUCCCAGACCAGAGGUGUCCACGUUGAAUACCCAGCAGCGAUGGGGAAUUGUGUGGGCACGCACGGGACACAGGCACUCCAGUCACUGCCACAGAUCACGAUUGCCGUUAGAUUUUCCUCCGAGACCCACUGGGUGAGCAGAUAA